AUGAGCUCCCCAAAUUCUAUUGCUACCGCCAUUCUCGCAAACACCGGACAAUCACGGAACCAGUUCUACGGUGGUGGCCUCGGUGGUAUAGAAACCCCCUUAACAGGACGUUCAUUCCUCAGCGUUAGCAUCGGCAACACCACGACGGAAUCUAUGGCUUCGUCCAUCGUCAGUCCUCGAACUCGAGGUCGAUGGGACCGACGAAUCAGCGACGUCGAAUCCGGCAGCAUGUACAGUCCUACAGCAGCAGCACCACCAGCUCCACCAUCAUCCUCAUGGCUCACAGACGACGACGCCGAAGCCUCAUCAGUCCGCUCAGGAGCACUCGACACCCGCCCCUUUCCAUCUUUCGGCCCAUCUUCGUCCAUAGCGCCUGACUCAUCCUACUACAGCCAGAUUGCACGGUUUCAGGGUGUCCGGAACAGCGUCUCGCUUCCCCAACCAUGGCGAAGACGGAAAGAAUCUACAACUACGGGGUCUUAUACCACGUCAACCGAUGAUAGCGAUGACGAGGAGGAUGACGAGGACGAUGAUGCGUCAACCAUUAGUGGUAGCCGGCAUGAAGGACAACCACAACGGCAACAUGAACAAGAUCAAGACGCCGUCGCCGCCGCCACCUCCGCCGCUGCCGUGGAUCUCUUCUCCCAGCACCAGUUCAUCAUGCCCAAGCCUGAUGAGACUACUCCCCUUAUAGCAGCCGACGACGUGUUGUGUUUUGCUGGUGGUGGUGGUUACGAUGAGACCUCCUCCGCCUGCGUCAAGUGA